AGAGCCAAACAUCAGGAGCAACAGGCUGGAAAUGCAAGGCAAGGAGAACUUACAAAGCACCAGAAAACUCCCACCCGGCAUGAAAGCUACGACUGUANCGAAUGUGGAAAAUCUUUCUGCCAGAAGUCUUCCCUGCUGGCGCACCAGGAAACACACACCAAGAAGUCCUAUAAAUGUGAGAAAUGUGGACAAGCUUUCUAUAAGAACGAAGACCUCACAAUCCAUCAGAAAGUCCAUACCAGAGAUAAAACAUACCCAUGUAAAGAAUGUAACAAAAUUUUCUAUCACCUGUCGUCUCUCACUAGACAUCUGAGGAUCCACGCUGGGGAGAAACCCUACGAAUGUAGCCAGUGUGAUAAAUCCUUCUAUCAGAAGCCACACCUCACAGAGCACCAGAAAACACACACAGGGGAGAAGCCUUUUGAGUGUAAGGAAUGUGGGAAGUUCUUCUAUGUGAAGGCAUACCUCCUGGUGCACCAGAAAACACACACAGGGGAGAAGCCUUUUCAGUGUAAGGAAUGUGGGAAGUUCUUUUCUCAGAAAUCACACCUCACAGUCCAUCAGAGAACACACACAGGGGAGAAACCCUACAAAUGUAAGGAGUGCGGGAAACUCUUCUCUAGGAAUUCACACCUCAAAACCCAUCAGAGAACUCACACAGGGGAGAAACCCUACAAAUGUAAGGAGUGCGGAAACUGCUUCUACCAGAAGUCAGCCCUCACNGUGCACCAGCGAACUCACACCGGGGAGAAGCCUUUUGAAUGCAGUAAGUGUGGGAAACACUUUUACUAUAAGUCAGAUCUCACCAAACACGAGAGAAAGCAUACAGGGGAGAAGCCGUACGAAUGUGCAGAGUGUGGCAAAUCUUUCUCUGUGAACUCAGUCCUUAGAUUACACGAAAGGACUCACACGGGAGAGAAGCCNUACGAGUGUGAGAUCUGUGGGAAGUCCUUCUCUCAGAAGUCACAUUUUGUCAUCCAUCAGAGAAAACACACAGGGGAGAAGCCCUAUGAGUGCCAGGAGUGUGGGGAAGGCUUUAUCCAGAAGUCACAACUCACGUCACAUCAGAAGACACACUCCAAGAAGGGAAAAGCUACCAAGUAUGGCUCAAAAUUUGAGUUCAUGCAGCCCAUGUGGGCCUUGAACUGUCUAUGUAGCGAGAGACAACAUCUUUCUGGGGAUGGCAACAGUCCUUCUUCCAACACUGGACGUGGAGACCCCACUCCGAGCACAGUUGGGCGUACCGCCCCUUCCUCUGCGCAUGCGCAANCUGCAGUCCUGCUCCUGGUCCAUCCUUGGCCUCACGUUCCUCCUGGGAAACAACUCCUGGCCUUCGGCGCGGUGCACUGCAGGAGCGGCGGGCGGGGAAGAUGCGGGGUGGUUGGGCGGAACCCUGAGGAGUUGACUCACGCAUGGCGCGAGCGUGACGCGGUGACGCAUCCGUUCUCUGGCUACUGGGGCCAGAUGCUGGGAUGUGGGGGGCGUGCGGCCAGGGCCGCCAUUUUGGCAUGGGUGUGGAGCUAUGUGGAGAAUGAAGAAGUGGGUGCGUCGCGGCAGAUGAUGAUCUCCUCUUCCAAGAACCCCUCAACUGCCAGGAGCUCCCCUGCCCAAGAGCCUCUCCUGCACUGCCUUCCUAANGACUUUAUACAGAAAAAGGAUAUUUUGUUCCAGGAGCAAGUGUCAUUCAAGGAUGUAUGCGUGGAUUUCACCAAGGAAGAGUGGUAUUUGCUGGACCCUGCCCAGAAGGUGCUUUACAGAGAUGUGAUCCUGGAGAAUUAUAGCAACUUUGUCUCAGUAGGGCAUUGUGUUACUAAGCCAGAUGUAAUCUUCAAGAUAGAGCAAGGAGAAGAUCCCUGGAUACCAGAAAAUGGAUUCCGAUGCCACCCAGGUACAGUAGUGAAUUCACUAGCAAGGGAAAGUAAUCUGUGUCACUGGAAGAUUCCUGUAGGAAUAAAGUCAUGUGACUAUGAUGGGGAAAGGGGUGGCGUCCGUCUGUGCCGGGAUCUCACUCGGCCAGUUUCUCAUCAGCCUUUUGAGUAUAACGAAACAGGACAAGGCUUCUGUGAGGAAGUGACCCUUUGUACNAGUCAGAACUCUCAGCUAGGGGAGACUCUCUAUAAGCACACUGAAUGUGGAAGAACUUUCGUUGACAGUUUGAAGCUCAGUGUAUCUCAGAAAACACGUUUGCAUACGGAACUUCAUGAGUGCAGUAUUUGUAGAAAGUCCUUCUAUGUGGAUUUGCAGUUCGGACAUCACACAGCGCUCUCAGGAAGCAGUCCUUAUGAGCGUAACGAAUAUGAGAAACUCUUCUGUGACGGUUCAGCUUUCAUCGUCCAUCAGGAGGCUUACACAAGAAAGAUCGCCCAAGAGUAUAAAGUGAGUAACAGAACCUGGGCAAAGCCAGCUCUCUUCAAACAGCAGAUAAUACAGAUGGGGGGAAAACCCUAUGAAUACCAUGAAAACAGGAAAAUUUUCCGCAAAAAAUCACAUCCCACCCAGUCUCGAAGACCUCACGUGGGAGAAAAAACGUUUGAAUGUGGUGAAUGUGGUAAAAUGUUUUGGGAGAAAUCGAACCUUACCCAGCAUCAGAGAACACACACCGGAGAGAAACCGUAUGAGUGUACCGAAUGUGGGAAAGCCUUCUGCCAGAAGCCACACCUUACCAACCAUCAGCGGACACACACGGGAGAGAAACCCUAUGAGUGUAAGCAAUGCGGAAAGACGUUCUGUGUCAAGUCAAACCUUACUGAGCAUCAAAGGACACACACUGGGGAGAAACCCUAUGAAUGCAACGCAUGUAGGAAAUCCUUCUGCCACCGGUCAGCCCUAACUGUCCAUCAGAGAACGCAUACAGGAGAGAAACCGUUCAUAUGCAGUGAGUGCGGGAAGUCGUUUUGUGUGAAGUCAAACCUGAUUGUCCAUCAGAGAACUCAUACAGGGGAGAAACCCUACAAGUGCAACGAGUGUGGGAAAACCUUCUGUGAGAAAUCAGCGCUCACCAAACACCAGAGAACUCACACAGGGGAGAAACCCUACGAGUGUCACGUGUGUGGGAAGACCUUCAGUCAGAGGUCNGUACUCACCAAGCAUCUGAGAAUCCACGCGAGGGUGAAAGCUCUUUUAGCAUCCUGAGUGUUUAGCUUUUGCAUGCCUGUCAAGUCAAUUGUAGUUUUAAAAAUGAGCUUAGAGCCUGCCAAAGAAUACCACAGAGUACUAGAAAAUGCCAUUGUGUUGGAAUGCAUGAAAGCUUUCAAGAAAAGAAAAACUUUCAUUUGAAAGAUUGUAUUGAAGGGAAAUUAUUCAUAUAAAUAAUAUGGUAAUAAACUUAGAAAUUNAAUUGUAUAAUGUCUUCCAAAUGUGUUUCAAAACUGUCUUUUAAAUAUAAUGGUUAAUAUUAAUUUUACUUGUAUUCAUAGGAAAGUAUGAAACUUAAAAAUGAGCGUCUACAGCAUUGACCAUACAUGUAAAGACAGCCGGUGUUUAUAGACCUUGUGUGAGUAUGUUAAUGUAACAGAAGUCUAGGAAACCCUUGAUUUAUGAUUUAUUGGAACUCAGAAAGGAUGUGAGGAAGAAGAUGAGCCCUUAGUUUAACAACUGUUAUGGAAUACUUUCCACACUAAAUACCACCAGCGUUUUUAUAGGUUGAUAGGAUUA